UGCUGCUCGCUCAUUGCGGGCGACGCCUGCCGGCCUGAUUGGCUCCGGAAAGCGGCAAAAAAACGAGCGCAAGAGCUGCUCCAAAACCCCUCGCGAUCUCCCUCGCCUGCGUGCAUCAUCGGCCCAGCCCAGAACCCGCUCACGAGGACUCACCGCCAAUGCCGCCUCAUAAGGGAUUUGCCUAUGUCACUCUGCUGACGUCCGAGUCGUAUAUCCCUGGCGCCGUCACCCUCGUGGCAUCGCUCAGGGCGACCGCCACUCAGUACCCGAUCGUCUGCAUCGUCGCCUCCGAGUCCUUCUCGGUCUACUCGGUCCAGCUGCUGUUCAGGACCUUCGACAAGGUCCUCUUUGUGCCGAUCCUGCGAUCCAACGAUCACUCCAACCUCUCGCUCCUCGGCCGACCCGAGCUCGACGUGACCUUCACCAAACUGCAUGUGUGGGAUCCCAGCCUGCUCGUUUAUGACCGCAUCGUCUUCCUCGACGCCGACACACUGGUGCUGAGGAACGUCGACGAGCUCUUUGACUAUGUCGACGAGGACCAUGUCAACUUUGCGGCGGCGCCAGACAUUGGAUGGCCCGACUGCUUCAACUCGGGAGUGUUUGUGACCAAGCCAUCGACGACGCUAUAUUCUCGCAUCAUCGAGUUUGCUCGGUCCUAUGGCAGUUUCGAUGGUGGCGACCAGGGCCUGCUGAACGCCUUCUUCUCGUCCUGGGGCCAGACCUUGCCAGUGAGCCGCCAAACCGCCAGCCGGGUCAAUACCGCCCGACUUCCCUUUACCUUCAACGUCACUCCCUCGGCCUCGUAUUCGUAUCUGCCUGCAUUUGUGCAGUUUGGCCAGCAAAUCUCGAUUGUCCACUUCAUCGGCAAGGUCAAGCCCUGGCACUGGGAAAGAUUCACCGAUGGCUCGGCCUGGAACAAAACCGGCCAGGCCGAGUCCUACACCAAUCUUGUGCAGAAGUGGCUCGAUAUCUACGACACAACCGAGCUUGGCCUGCCCGAUGCCGAAGCCAGGCAGGAGCUCAUGCAGCGUCUUCCCUCGGCCUCGUCGGAGAGUGGAUCCGCCACCAACGAUUCAACAGCCCCCACGACGGACCCGGUCCCCUCCGCGCCGCCCCAGUCGCAGCCCUAUGGACGAUACGGCAAAGCUCCCAUCUCCACCACCCCCCAAUCUCAAAGCCCAGCGGCGACACCGGCUGCUGCGACUCAGCCCGUCCAGCCGACCGCCAGUGUUGGCAGCAACAACUAUGUCCUCUUCAAUGAACAGUUUCCAUCCAUGAUCCCUGAAACCAAGUAUCCGGAGACGCAGUAUCCAGCUGUGCCCGCUGCGACUGCAGACACCCCGGCAAGCCAGGCAGCAGCAUCUGCGUCCGGCCAGUCCCAGAACCCGGCCUCCUCUGACUUUGGAAACUAUCGCAUCGAGUGGAACGAACACGAGUUCAGCGGCAUGAACCGCAUCCGAAGAAAGUCCCAGUCGCUCAGUCCCGAGUCCGGCUCGCUCAAGCUCCAGGACUUUGUCACCUAUGUCAAUGAGCCCCGGGACGAGCAAAAGUCACCUCGCUCCUGAGCUAGCCAGGGGCACCUCAACCGCUGUGUGAUGCUAUGGAUGGAUGGUGGUGAGAAUCGAAACCAAAACGAGUCCACGACUGUCGGGCUCGGUGAAAUGAACCCCUGAUCGAAUAUGUGAAGCAACCGCAGACGGGAACUGUACUCCCAAGUGUCGCAAGGAUUACGCAGCUGGUAACCCCGUGGUCUUGAUGGCCAGCCGGGCGUCAGCACGUCUCCCUGAGUUACAAUUGAACCGCUGAAAUGUAGUCCGUUUCCAAAAAACCAAAUCGGUGGGAAACAAAAGAAAUGUGUGUGGAGGGGCCACCUUGAUAUUCAACGACAGGCCGUUGUUGCA